AUGGUUGAAGGAGGGGAAGUUGAUGUACAUGUCUCUGUUGAUGAGGAACAAGGGGCUGAUGAAGAACAGGAAAGUGGAGAUGAACAAGGGACUGAUUCUGAUGAAGAAGAAGGUGAAAAAGAGGCUGAUGAAGAACAGGAAAGUGGAGAUGAACAAGGGACUGAUUCUGAUGAAGAAGAAGAAGGUGAAAAAGAGGCUGAAAAUGGGCAAAAUGAACAAAAUGUUGAUGUGGAGCCUCCAAGUGAGAUUGCUAUCAAUGGUCUAGAAGAUUUGGGGAUUGUAAAUUUCAAACAACUAUCUGCCAAUGACAUAGUCACCUAUCACUUUCCGGAUCGUGAGGUUGCGUACUUGUUCUACAGUUGGUAUGCUCGGAUGCAUGGAUUUGCUGCGAGGAAGGCUAAGGUCCUCAAAAACAAUCACGGAGAUGUAAUCCAGCAGAGAUUUGUUUGCUUCAGGGAGGGUAAAAGGAAAGAGAAAGCUGAGCCAGAGGUUGAUGGUCAUGCUGGUGAAAAGAGAAAGCGUUUUUCGAGAAAGUCCACAAGAUGUGAGUGUAAGGCUUAUUGUCAGGUCCAUGUUCAUAAGGAUAACAAGCGUUGGCAUGUUAGAUCUGUUUGUGAUGAUCAUAAUCAUGUACUUGUUGAAGAAAAAAUGAUUGGAUUGACACCUACUCAUAGGAGAAUGAAUGAGGCAGACAUUACUCAAUUGAAUUGCUUUAGGAAGUCAGGCAUUACAACUCCACAGGCUUAUGGUGUGUUUGCCAACCAGAUGGGUGGAUAUCAAAAUGUUCCAUUUGGACCAAGACAAAUGUACAAUGAGAAAUUUAAAAAGAAGAAGGUGGACGUAUGUGAUGCUAGAGGAGUGAUUGGUUUCUUACGAAAUUUGAAGGAAAAGGAUCCUGACUUGAUGUGGAAACACACCUCUAAUGAGGAAGGAAGGUUGGACAAGUUGUUUUGGAGUGAUGGAAUCAGCCGGGACAACUAUUUAUUGUUUGGGGAUGUGUUGGCAUUUGAUGCCACAUACAAGAAAAACAAGUACAAGCGGCCACUUGUGCUUUUCUCUGGAGCUAAUCAUCACAAUCAGACAAUUAUAUUUGCUGCAACUUUAGUUUCUGAUGAGAAAGAGGAGACAUAUGUUUGGUUGCUUCACAAUUUGUUAGAUGCAAUGCGAGGGAAAGCACCGGUAUCAGUAAUCACAGAUGGAGAUGUGGCAAUGAAAAAUGCAAUUAAAAUUGUGUUUCCAAAUGCGCAUCACAGGUUAUGUGCUUGGCAUCUUCGGAAUGCAGUGAGCAAUGUUGCAGAACCCAAGUUUGUUCAAAUGUUUUCAAGAUGCAUGCUUUGGGAUCUUGAAAUUGUGGAGUUUGAGGACAGGUGGGCUCAAAUGGUUAUUGAAUGUGGGUGUGAAGACAAUGUUUGGGUUCAGGAUUUGUAUGAGCGGAGGAAGAUGUGGGCUGCUGCAUAUAUGCGGGGUGAAUUCUUUGCGGGCUUUCGUACAACCUCUCGGGUUGAGGGAUUACAUGCCCAAGUUGGGAAGUUUGUAGACUCAUGGAACAAUUUGACUGAUUUUAUGCAUAACUUCUUUCGAUAUAUGAGUUAUCAGCGACAAAGGGAACUUGAAGCAGAUUUUGCAUCAAUGCACGGUGACCAUGUGCGGCAAACACAAUUGAAGAGGCUUGAAAAGUCAGCUUCCAACCAUUACACGAACAACAUUUUCAGGCUUGUCACUAAGGGUCUUCACCGCUGUUUGAUGCUCAAGGUUAGUCUUUUCAAGGAGACUUAA